AUCUAGAGUAGUCCCCCCCCUAAUUGAAGGGACAAGGACCAAGAGAAAGGGACGGACAGGGAGCAAGAGAUGGACGGACAGGCUUGUCCUCUAGUGGGCGGCCUCAAGCUGAGAUACAUCCCCCAUAAGGAGGGAGCAAGAGAUGGACAGACAGGCUUGUCCUCCAGUAAACGGCCUCAAGCUGAGAUACAUCCCCCCAGAAGGAGUAAGGUUGGCACGAAUAUUCCCCCAAUCACUGCCAUUAUUGAAGAGGAUAAUGGAUGGGGAGUGCCUAUAAAAGAGAAAGAGACUAGAGGAGAAAGGAUAUCUUCCGAAAAUGCAAGCACGAAUGCCCACACAACCUCAAAUGAUGCGUCUUUUACGUCUCCCAAUACCGACCAAAUGCCUCACCCGGAUUCUAAUUUCUUCAUCCCGCCAUGCCCAACAGAAUGUAAGCCAAGAGUGGGAAUGGUUUUUCAGAAACUGGAAGACGGGAUUUUGUUCUAUAAGGAAUACGCAGCACUUGCAGGGUUUGAUAUCCGUAUGAGCACCACGACAACAUCUUCAGACGGUGUUAAGGUAUGGAAGUAUAUUCUGUGUAGUCGUGAAGGUCAUAAACAUUUUGCGCCUGGUGCGAAGUUAGCGCAUAAACAGGUUGAAGCCUCCCAGAAUGGCAGGAAAACAAAACGUCGACGCAUAUUCAACCGCACAGGUUGUCGUGCGCGUGUAAUCUUUAGCCUUUGCGGGACUUCUGGUUACACCAUAACCCUAUUUGAAGAACGCCACAAUCAUCUUAUGCUAUCAAUAAUGUCCAGGCCUUUCUUGAAAAUCAACCGGAAUAUUGAUAUUGGUCAUAAAAAAUUUAUGCUUAAUUGCGCUAAAGCAAAUAUUGGGACAAUGAAAUCAUUCCGUUUGUUUAAAGAGUCAGUUGGAAGUUACAACAAUAUAGGAGCAACAUCAAUUGAUUUCAAGAACUUCAAAAGAGACCUAAAGGCAUAUGUUGCUGGCGGGGAUGCCCAAAUGAUCAUUGAUAAACUGUUCCGAAGACAAGAAACAUGUCCUGCUUUCCGUUUUGCGUACGAUGUUGACGAAAGUGACCAGCUAAUACGAUUAUUCUGGUGUGAUCCAGUUGCAAGGAAAAACUGGGCUAUGUUUGGUGAUGUUCUCUCCUUUGAUGCCACGUAUGAGACAAACAGGUACAACAUGGUGUUCACACCUUUCACGGGAGUGGAUAAUCACCAGAAAUGCGUGACGUUCGGGGCUGGUCUACUUCGCACCGAAGACAUAGAAUAUUACACCUGGGUGUUCCGCCAAUUUCAAGAUGCAAUGGAUCACGACCCCAAAUGCAUCAUAACAGAUCAAGACCCAUCCUUGCAUACAGCUGUCAGUGAGGUAUUCCCACAUACUACCCAUCGCUAUUGUAUGUGGCAUAUCACUAAAAAAUUAGGAGGCAAAGUUGGAGAACCUCUAAAUAAGGAUACCAAUUUCAUGACUAGAUUCAAUGAAGUUGUUUGGAGCCAUUAUCUCGAUUCGGUUGAGUUUGAGAAUCAGUGGCACGAGGUCAUGAAUGAUUAUGAUUUGGUCAGCCAUAAAUGGUUCAUCAAGUUAUUUGAAAUUCGAACAUCUUGGAUCCCAGCAUAUUUUAGAGAUUUAUUUAUGGCUGGUUUAUUGAGAACGACUUCACGUUCCGAGAGUGAGAAUAGCUUCUUCGGGGAGUUCUCUAACCAAAAUUUUAGUCUUGUAGAGUUUUUUAUGCAAUUUGAAAGUGCUAUGGAUGCGAAACGCCACAGGAAUGCCUUACUGAACGCUGAAACUGAGUCUUGCACACCAGUAUUCAAAACCCCUUUGGCUAUUGAGAGGCAUGCUGCUUCCAUAUACACACUGACUGUGUUUUAUAAUGUUCAGAAAGAGAUUUGUGCUGCAUGUUUUUCUUGUUCUGUCGUACACGUAGAUGACGUUGAGGAUAAAGUUCAAUAUACUAUCAAGGACAUGAGAGGUAUGUUGUUCAUUGUCAUGUAUUCUUCUGACACGGGCUGUGCAUCUUGUUCCUGCAAGCAUUACCAGCGUAUUGGGCUCCUAUGUAGGCAUAUAUUUGUUGUGCUUCAAGCUAUGGGCUGCCAUAACAUUCCAGAGUUGUACGUUUCCAAAAGAUGGUGUAAGAAUGACAUUGUGUAUCGUUCCGUUGGUACAACUACAGCUAAUUAUGAAAAGGAUUACAUACGAGAAAACACAAAAUGGAGUAUCAAUAAAUUAUGGUCCGACAUCCACGCAUGCGUGGCGCUUGUUGAGCAUGACUCCGAUUUGCUGGGAUCAUUUUCUGAGGUUAUUAGAGCACAAAAGACAAAGCUGCAAGGAUUGUCUGUUUCUGAUGAAUUACAGGGUACAAAAAACAAGAUGUUUGAAUCUUUCUAUGGCAUAGCCUCCCCUUCUGAGGUCCGUGUAUUACCCCCCGAAAAGGUGCAUAACAAGGGAAGUGGUAAGCGAAUCAAAAGUGCAAAGGAAUUAGCCAUCGAACAAUCCAAGAAACAUAAGAGACUUUGCCGAACUUGCAAUCAAACAGGCUUCCACGAUAGUCGAAACUGCCCGCUUAAUAAAUCAACAUCAUGAUUUUGUAAUAUUUACAAUAAACUACUAUUUUAAGCCUCUACACAUCUCUAUUUCCUUAUGCUUUUUGUUAGUGUCAUUGAUUUAAUUUUCAAGGUGAAUAUCCUAGACAAUUUCUUUGCAUACACUUCUUAUUAUUGUUCAUUUCUCUAGUUUAUGUUACCGUUUAAAUAAUGCCUAAACUGUUUUCCACCAUUUAAAUAAAAUGAAACGACCUGAUACGG